CGAUUAUGAGAAUACUAAAUUAUUGGUUUACCAAAUAUACACUUAAAAAGGUCCCAUAUUCCAGGAAUCCUGUAAGUUGCAAGUUAAAUAGUUUACAGAGAACAUUGUCUAUAACCUGUCAAAAUUAUAACCUUAAUUUAUCAUCUGAAUUUUUUAUAAUUAAAAAUGCUAGUUUCAAGAACAAUAUUUAACACAUACCGUAAUUCCGUAAGACUCACAAUAGCCUCUAGGUUAAGCAGCACCAUAUCAAAACAUACUACAAAAAUCACCGAGGAAGUAAUAGAAGAAGGCCCCAUAAAAUAUAGCACAAGCAAAGCUAGUGUAUGGCGGGCCAGAGAUACGAGAACGGGGGGCCAAAGUGAAAGAUUGUGGUAUGAGCCGUAUGUUCUCUUGGGGAGCAUAACAGUCUUUAUGGUGUAUUUCUUGAUGUUGCGUGAGGAAAAUGACAUAGAUGCAGAUCUGAGCAGAUCUUUAUUUAGUAGAAUUGCGGGAUUAGAAGAGGCUCAGUUAUUGGCAUCAUUGGAAUAUAAUAAGCAAAGAGGGUUAGAUACCAGUGCAAUCAUUGCUAGAUUAAAAGAGUUGCAGGAGGAAAGGGACAAACAGUUACAGCGUUGAUUUAUUUAUAUUGUUCUUAGUUUAUCAAAUAAAGUAAUUUUGUUGUUAUA